UCGGUGGUUCGUUGCUUGCUGUGCAGAGUUGCAGUAGAGUUCGAAGGGAUUUUCCUGUUUUGUUGUACGUGCGUUCGCAGCGAAGCUGCAUUUCGGAUAAAGAAAAAGUAGUUCGCGAAACUGACGAGACACGCGGGAGAUACUCGACCCGUACGUCGAAACAAGUUUGAAGUCCGCUGUUGUUUUUUUUCUUCUGCUGAGCCCGAUCGAUCAUCAUGUGUUCAAUUUGUGCGCGAAUUUCGACGAUUGAAGGAUAUCCAUUUAUGUAGUUUCACGCCGUUUUGUAGCAAAUCACUAAAAGCAUCUUGUUAGCCACCCGGGCUUUGUGCCUUGCGAUAUUGGAGUAAUUUGAAGAUGAAUGGUGCCCUUCAAUGAACGGAAUGGUGUGUCGAUUAGGACCGUUGAGGGUGGUGAAGUGAGUGCAGGUAUCGUAUGUUUGGAGGUUACUUGACCGCAAAGUGAGCCAAAGAAGCGCCAUCGAAGGCACACCGGGCUCAGUUGAAAGUGAGAAAAGUAGGUCUCCUGACGAUUUGUAACCAUCGGCAGGCGAACGCAGUCAGCUGGAACUUGGCGUAAGAUAGUUUCUUGAGUGAGCUGAUGAUUCACAGCCACUGCACAGAGCAAACAUCAUAAUAGCCCUGUGUCACGUUUCGACCCCACUUUGGUGCCUGUGUGUUAGUGCAUGUAGGAAUAAUUCGAUUGGUGUAACUUCAUUGCUCGUUCGAUCCGUUGCGGGGUGACGCGAGUUGACGUGAUUUGAUUAUCAAGUUCUGCUAUCGAUUUCUACGGACGAGUGUAUUCAAUCAAGUGUAAUCAAUAUAUCCACUCACGUUUGUUUACUUGUGCAACGUAUAAAGUUUGAGUGGUUGUUUUGGUGGUCGUUUAGGCAACAUUUAUUAUUGAUUUGUGGCAUGAAUUCGUUACCGGUUGAAACCAGCGAGUGAGAGUUGCAAUGUUAACAACACGAAAACCAGGACCUCCGGUUCCGCCAAGGCCGAGUGCGGCGGCAGUCGCCACUGCAUUGGCAAAGCACCGCGAGAACUCACCCAGCAAUUUGGGUAUUCAUACGCUGAAGCCACCACAUCCCGGACGAACGGUGGUUUAUAAGUCACCCGACCUUGAUGAUCCGCUGAAGAAUCCUCCUCAGCAAAUUGUCAGCCAAGCAAAUUACGGUUUUAAUGGCUCUCUAAACCACCACUCUUCUUUGAAUCGAGUUGUCGAUUGUCCAUCGCUGAAGUCCGAGAUUUACCUCGAUGGAUCUAACAGUUUUAAUGUACCGCGACCGAUUCAUCCUGCCGAGAUUAGCAUUAAUUGCUGCAGCAACAAAAUUAUUUCAAACAUGGAAAACAGCAAAUAUACUUAUACGUCAACGUGCAGUAUAAUCGAAGUAAACUCUUCCUCAUCGGCGUCCACCUCGACAUCGUCCUCUCCAAUGUCGACGCUUCAGAAGUCAGAAUCUAAACCGAAUCUUCUCGUCAUCAGCAGAAGCACUAACGGUAAUGAUCCCAAUCAUCUUAAUUCCGCCGACGAAGACGAUAGCAUCUCCAGCCAAAAAGUUAAUUCUUACAACCGUCGGCAUGGGGAUCCGUUAGAAGACGCCGCAAUUAAGCGUAAUUCGUCAGACGUGAUUGUGAUCAAUUCGGCGUCCUCGGAGCAUGACAGUGGCACCGAGCAAAACUCGGCCGACACCAACAGCAUCGCGAGUAGCAAUUCCCUCGAACGGGAAAAUAAUUUGAAAAAUCUUGAAACCCGCAAAUCGCACAUGACCGAAAUAAUUAUCGGUCUCGGUGCUGACAAUUUUUCAACCACCGCAACGGUAGUCACUAAUGGCAGUCCAACCAUCAUCGAAGCUCGAAAUAGUACCCUCAUGAACAACAACAAAAGCAACAACAACAGAUCUUCUCCAGAAUUAAACAACCAUGUGAUACGAAGCUCGUCGAUCCGGUUGCCGUACCGGCCGGAACCGGAGGGUGGCGAAUAUGUGACGCCCUUGAACGAUCAGAACCUUCAAAGUAGUGUCAAAGUAAUUAAACCGCCGGCAAUCGACCCAAGAACGAUUGACUCGAAGCUGAGCGAAAAGAAGGUUGCAUUUCACGAGUUACUCAUCUCGGAAUUAACCGCAAUGAGAAGUGCUUACGAGAACCCAGUUGACACAGUGUCCAAACGUCAGCGGUAUCCACCUGAAACUCGAUCCUCGAGCGAUGUUUCACCGAAUGGUACUGCUAGUCGUGCGGGACGGAUCAGAACGGCCGACUGGAUUGAGGUUGAAGACAACGGGAAGGAGGUGGUUCUCUCCAGUUGCCAAAUAAGCUUAGAGGAUUCCGGCAUGGAGGACGAAGAGAAGCUGGAUGACGCGUCUUCCGGAGUGGGGGAUUCCUGGGAUAGUGUGAAGGAUGCAGAGGAACGCAUCACGAUGUCCCUGCCGGGACUGCCUCCACUGCCGAAGAGUCUUAGCGGGUUUGAUCUGGCUGGCCAGCAGCUUCAAUCUCAUCAGCAACACCAUCAGCAGCAGCACCAGCAGCACCUUCAGCAGCAGUCACUACAACACCACCAGCACCAGUCAUCCCAUCAGCAGCAGCAGCAGCUGCAUCAGCUUCAGCAUCAACAACAGCAACAUCAUCUGCAACCUCCGCCCGUGCAGCAACAUCAGCCGCACCAGCAGUUGCCACCGUCGCUGAAUCACCACCCGACGAACCCGUUCAUCCCGAUGGGAGUUAAUUUGCAAAGCGUUAGCAUGGCCUCUCUUGUGUCACAGCGUGGUCAAUCACCGGUUAGUACCGUGAGCAGCAGUAGUAGUAUUCCGGUCACACCGAACAGCGGAGGAUCCAGUGGCGGCGGUGGUGCUGCCAGGAAACCCACCACUCUGGAUACCCAGUUGGCUGUUUUGCGAAGAGAAAUGUACGGCUUAAGACAGCUGGAUCUGUCGCUGCUGUCCCAACUGUGGGCCCUGAACGAAUCGAUUCAGGAGUUCCGUACGAUGCUGCAGGAGCAGGAAACUCUCUCGCCACCCUCGCCUACGCCGUCCAAUUCGGACGUCAACUCCGUGUCGUCCGACGAAGAUGAGGACGAAUCAUCGAACACCGCCACGGUCGGCGGCGGAAUCGUGCCAGGACAGCACCACAAUCUGAUCGAAUCGGUAGCCGCCGGUACGGUGCUCGCUUCGUCCCAGUCGAACCGGAUGCGGGCGCCACCUCCACCGCCACCCAAUCGGAAGGCGCCCUCGCGGCCGGUUUGAAUGGCCCCAAUAUCCCAAAAAGCUCUACCCUUAAGCUCUACUCUAGCCAAUAACUAAUUUAACUUACUGUAUUUCGCGAUGAUCCAGCGCAGGUUCAGGAGAAGGGGGUGGUUACUGCAUGCUGCAAACACAUACACAAAACAUAAGUCAAUAGAACAAGACAAACGGCGGCGGAAAUUCCCCGGCCGGUAUCGUAAGUAAGUAUUUGCUCCGUCAUUUUCUGUACAUACUAAGUAAUCGUAAUUCCUGCAAAUGUGACAACUGCUAAAUAAUAAAGAAACAUUGU